UUAGGGAUUUCCUCAAUGCCGAUCGAUAGUGACAACUCUAGUCGGCCCACCGCGACGACGCCGCGUAGAAUAUUUUUGUUUCUCCGCAUUCGUUGAAAAACAGCGGCAAUUGCUUGUUUUUAUGUGUGGUGCGCGUCCCAGGCAAAUGCAAACGAGUCCGCGACUUCAAUUGCCGAACGCCUAACGCCGCCGUGAACAGAAAAUAACAGUGAUGCGAAAGACCCGCUCGCAGACGGCUCGCACGCAGGCGGAAAAUGCCGCAACAUCUUCGAGCCCCGGGCACCAAUCGACAUCGUCAGCGCCAAUAGCAGUUAAUCCCUUUGAUACCAGCAAGUACAAGGAAUGUGAGCAAAUGGUGCAGAUGCUUCGAGUGGUCGAGCUGCAAAAAAUCCUGUCGUUUUUGAACAUCUCAUUCGCUGGACGAAAAACCGACCUGCAGAGCCGCAUCCUCUCGUUCUUGCGCACCAACUUGGAACUGCUUGCCCCGAAGGUCCAGGAAGUCUACGCCCAGUCCGUGCAGGAGCAAAACGCCACGCUGCAGUACAUCGACCCAACCAGGAUGUACUCGCACAUCCAGCUGCCGCCCACCGUGCAGCCCAAUCCGGUGGGCCUCGUGGGCAGCGGUCAAGGCGUGCAGGUACCCGGCGGCCAGAUGAAUGUGGUCGGCGGCGCACCCUUCCUCCACACACACAGCAUCAACAGUCAGCUGCCUAUUCACCCUGAUGUGCGGCUGAAAAAGCUAGCCUUCUACGAUGUACUCGGAACGCUGAUCAAGCCUUCAACUCUGGUGCCACGCAACACUCAGCGCGUCCAAGAGGUGCCUUUCUACUUCACACUCACGCCGCAGCAGGCCACCGAGAUUGCCUCUAAUCGCGACAUCCGCAACAGCUCCAAGGUGGAGCACGCCAUUCAGGUUCAACUGCGCUUUUGCCUGGUGGAGACUUCGUGCGACCAGGAGGACUGCUUCCCGCCGAACGUAAACGUCAAAGUGAACAACAAGCUCUGCCAGCUGCCUAAUGUCAUUCCUACAAACCGACCAAAUGUGGAGCCUAAGCGUCCGCCGCGACCCGUUAAUGUCACGUCCAAUGUAAAGCUGUCGCCUACCGUCACCAACACCAUAACGGUGCAGUGGUGUCCGGACUACACGCGUAGCUACUGCCUGGCCGUAUACCUGGUAAAGAAGCUCACAUCAACACAGCUUUUGCAGCGAAUGAAGACGAAGGGCGUAAAACCAGCGGACUACACGCGAGGCUUAAUCAAAGAGAAGCUGACUGAGGAUGCUGACUGCGAAAUAGCCACCACUAUGCUGAAGGUUUCCCUUAACUGCCCGUUGGGCAAGAUGAAAAUGCUGCUGCCUUGUCGAGCAUCAACCUGCUCGCAUCUGCAAUGCUUCGAUGCCAGUCUCUAUCUGCAAAUGAAUGAGCGUAAGCCCACGUGGAACUGCCCUGUAUGCGACAAGCCGGCCAUUUAUGACAACCUGGUCAUAGAUGGCUACUUCCAGGAGGUGUUGGGCUCGUCGCUUCUAAAGAGUGAUGAUACUGAGAUUCAACUUCAUCAGGAUGGAUCUUGGAGCACACCAGGACUACGGAGCGAGACGCAGAUCCUUGAUACGCCUUCAAAGCCCGCCCAAAAGGUUGAGGUUAUAUCGGAUGACAUAGAACUUAUCUCGGACGACGCCAAGCCAGUAAAGAGGGAUUUGUCCCCAGCACCGGACGAGCAGCCCACAUCAACGUCAAACAGUGAAACUGUUGACCUAACGUUAAGCGAUUCAGACGACGACAUGCCGCUGGCUAAGCGUCGUCCGCCCGCCAAGCAAGCCGUCGCCAGUUCCACGUCGAACGGCAGCGGUGGCGGCCAACGUGCCUACACCCCGGCACAGCAGCCCCAGCAAUCCGGUGGUAAUGUUUUUAAGAAACCUCAGAAAGCGGAGGAGCUUUACAAGCGUGUUCAUUUAGGAGUUUGGCUGCGCCCACGAAUCCCCAGAACAGCAGGCCAGCCGCCAAUCGCCAGAGAAGCAGCCAGUCUCAGAGCAGCAACUGCAGCAGCAACAGCACGAGCAGCCAGCGGCGGCAGCCGUCCAUGCCUCCCUCCUGGAAUCCCUGGCUGCUGCGGUCGCGGAUCAAAAGCACUUCCAACUGUUGGAUCUGGCUGCGGUUGCGGCUGCUGCAGCUGCCACGGCGUCCUCCGGCCAGAGCCAGAAUGCCGGCCCGUAGGCAGGACCCCCCACAUCCCACAAACGUUAAUCGCACAUCUCACGGCUCGCGGUCUCAUCUCUCACUGUUAUGGUCCCUAUUUUGGCCCGUCCAGUUUUUGUUUUCGGUUCCACUUCCGGUGGCGCACGGCCACAUAUUACCUCAGAGGCUAUUCUUCGGCGUUCGAUUCGCCUUGCAUCACCUCCAUUAUUCAUACUCUCUCAAUCGCGAGCCACCAACUGAUGCUUGUAAUUCUUGUGUUGCAGGACGCAGGCAGUACAGACAGGUUUUGUAGGAGAGGGUCCCCUGUUCCCGAGUGAAUCCAAGUGCUCCCCCAUCGGCCAGAUUGUUGCUGCCCCUUUUUUCAGUUGGCUCACCCCAAAACGCUUUGCUUACGUCCCGUGUCUUUAAUUCGUGUCGUCUCGAGUAGUUAGUUGUGUUACGCUUUGCCAGUGCUCUCAGCAACACACGCCACACCACACAGCCACAGCAACUGAAAUAUUCCUAGAUAUUACAAACACACAAACUAGCACCAGCAUUAAUUAGCAAUUACUAUAGGAAACGCAAUUAAUUUAUUUUCCAUUGAAGCGGUCAGCGCAAUGGACACGAGAAGUACGAAACGAAAGGAUGCACGCCAGGCGGCGGCCAGUCGCGGUAACAAAAUUUAAAGUAGUUAAGUUAUUUUAGUUAAGCUACGGAUUCUGUACGGAUUGGAGGCGGUGUUGUGUGGAGUUGGAGAGUGCUGCAUGCCUCGCAUUUAAGUUACGUUGCAAGACAGGGCGGAAUGGCAUAUGGCAUUAAAGGUCCAUAAUAUUGAAAGCAAUCGAAGGUGUUUUUAUCAAUGCAAAUCGAUUGGAAAUAACGGAUUAUGUAUGUUAUGUAUGUCGUCCAGCUAGAUGACCUCCUUAUAUGACCUCCCUGGCCUUUGUUGGCGUAUUUAAGCUCAAACCGUACCACUACGGAUUUAUAUGUUAAGAUUUUUAAUUGAACAAUGCUUUGACUAUGACCACGCAAACCCCCCUAAAUAUCUGAACGAACAAAUAUGAAAUCAAUGUACAAGGAGAUGUGUACUUUAACUAUACGAUUAAACAAUUUUCAACCAA